CGCGCGGGGCGUUCCGUGAUGCUUUGCGGGGGAGCAGGAUGGCUGCAGGCGGAGGAGACACGAGCAAGGAGGAGAGCAGCACGGAGGAGGAGGAGGAGGAGCUGGAGCGCUGUCGCCAAGCUGCCCGGGGCUGGGACCGAGGCCUCCGGCCCGGCUCCACCAGCGGCCCCCACGCCGGUAUCUCAGGAAAAGCCAACUUCCCAGCUGUUCCACCAAGCCUCAGGCAAAAGGCGGAUGAGCAUGAGCAAGAUGGAAAUGAACUUCAGACCACUCCAGAGUUCCGUCUUCAUGUAGCAAAGAAACUUGGAUCCUUGCUGGACAGCUGCAUUGUGGUCUCAGAACUGGGGUCAUCACCAGCGCGGGGUCCCUUGGAGCCGACCACCUGUGAGGAUGAUGGUUUCCGCCUCUUCUUCACAUCUGUCCCAGGAGACUGUGGAAAGCCACCUCCUCCUCAAGUUAGAAGGAGGCUGCCUCCUUCCAGUUCCAGUGAGCUGGACAGCGAUGACGACGAGGAGUGGCAGAGGUUCCAAGAAGCCGCUGUAUCGGCUGCAGAUAUCUUACAGCAAGGGGUCCCUCUCGUGGCAGCCCAGGGCCCCGGCAAGCAGAAGGGAGAGGAGACAAAGAUGAAGAAACCAAAAAAACCAAAGAAGAAAGACAAAAAGGAGAAGGUCUCUGAUGGGGUUGUGACUGGGCCAUCGGGGUGCCCUGGGGAUGAGAAGCUGCAAAUCCCAUCUCUUAAUGGGGAGACUGAACCCAGUGGGGCCCACGCGCUGCUGCACCGGGCAAAGAAGAGAAAAAGAAAGAAAAAUGGAAAAGAAAAGAGUGGUAGUGCUGCCUAGCCAAAGACAGGUAGGGCAAUCAGUGCAGCUGAGUGCCUGGAAGGAUGUCUAGCGUGACCCCCAGGUAUGAGCUGGGGCUUCCCCCACCGUUUACUGACUGGAAGAUUCCAAGGUUCGUUCCCCGGAGAUCUCUGUUCCUUCAUUCCCCCGGCUGACAAUGGAGGACGGUGGUAAUAGGGUUCAGCUCUCUAUCAACCAUUCUUAGAGGAGAUCUCAUUUCAUGUCCCUACGUUUGCUGUCCCGAGAAGUCAGCCGAGCUCUUGGGCAACCUUUUCUGACAUUGCCUUUCCUCCCCAGUUGGGCCUUUAGCCUCUCAGCCUGAGCUCCUUCCUCCGAUACGGAGUGGGGUGGAAGCAGAUCCGGGCCCAGGACAUGGGGCUUUUCCUCCUGUUGUAAGUUGCUCUGGAUCAUCAACUGGUCUGCUGCGAUGGUCUCAAAUAAAUCCCAUCUCUUGUUUGUUUA